AUGUCUACUCGCUACCACCAAGCUGCCAGUGACAGUUACCUGGAAAUUUUGAAAGAGGCUACCAGGAGGGACCUGAAUCUGUCUGAUGAGGAUGGCAUGACUCCCACGCUCCUGGCGGCCUUCCAUGGGAACUUGGAAGCCCUGGAAAUCAUCUGCAGCAGAGGAGGGGACCCCGACAGAUGUGACAUCUGGGGAAAUACUCCUCUACAUUAUGCAGCCUCCAAUGGUCACACUCACUGUGUCUCUUUCCUGAUCAACUUUGGUGCCAACAUCUUUGCCCUGGAUAAUGACCUGCAGUCUCCGCUGGAUGCCGCCGCCAGCCGAGAGCAGAAUGAAUGUGUUGCUCUCCUGGAUAAGGCUGCCAGGAACCAGAACAUCAUGAACCCCAAGAGGGUCACCAGGCUGAAGGAGCAGGCUCAGAAAAACGCCAAGAGGCAAAUCAAAGAGUGUGAGAAGCUCCAGGAAAAGCACCAGAAUAAGAUGGCCCGCACUCACAAUAAAGAGGACUUUGGGACUCUUUCUUCCAACAGCACUUUCUCCAGCUCAUCCCUUUCAAAUGCGUCUGCUUCCAGCACGUUCGGGUCUCUCUCGAAAGGCAUCAGAGACACCUUCAAGUUGAAGUUCAAGAAGAACAAAGACACAGCGGAACAGGCUGGAAAGGCCAGCCGAAGCGGGCAGAGAAACGUGAUGGAAGUGUUCAUGGAGGAGGACGAGGACGUCUCGGGGGACUUCAAAGAGAAGCUGCAGUUCCCCGCCGAGGAUGAUGACAGUGUCCAGUACGAAUCCAUUCUCAACCGCCCAGGUCUGGGAAAUAUUAUGUUUAAUAGGAAUAGGAUACCGAACCCCGAUGACAUCUCAGAGAGCAAGAGGGAGAUGGGGUUUAGGAUGUCCAGCGAAUUGCUCCAGGGACCAGGAGCCGCAGAGACUGAUGAGGCCGAAGCGUUGGAAGACGGAGAGGAGAACGACCCUGACGAGGAUCUCCCUUGGGCGGAGCACGAGGUGGAGUGGGAGGAAGAUGUGGUCGACGCGACGCCGCUGGAAGUGUUCUUGCUGUCCCACCACCUGGAAGAAUUCCUUCCGAUUUUCACGAGAGAGCAGAUUGACCUAGAGGCUCUGCUGCUUUGCUCUGAUGAGGACCUCCAGAGCAUACAAAUGCAGCUGGGGCCCAGGAAGAAGGUCUUGAAUGCCAUAAACAGAAGGAAGCAGGUGAUCCAGCAGUCGGGGAAGCUAGUGGACACCAGUCUCUGA